AUGUCGACACCUAUGCGGACCCAGGAUGAUCUGGGUGAGAAAGGCGAUGGUUUACACCUGGAGCGCACCGAAACGCGCACACCGCCAGGUGAGGUCGCCGAAAAACAGCGGCUGAACCUUGGUCCGACACGCAGCGCAGGGCCUCCUAUGAACUCGAAGCUGUUCAUGACCUUGCUGUGCAUGUCGUUUCUCUGGGUUGGCUCGCAAAUUCCAUUAUAUCUCUUCGGCGGCUGUCUUCCCCUCAUCUAUCAAGAUAUUGGGGGCGUGGAUCGAUAUGUCUGGUUUAUCAUUGGAUAUCUCAUUCCCAAUGCUGCUCUCUGUCCGUUCGUGGGUGCGCUGUCAGAUAUCUUCGGGCGUCGUACCGUGGCCAUGGUCGGCCAGGUCAUGCUUAUCAUUGGCCCCAUCAUCACAUCCACUGCACACACAAUGAACAUCGCGAUAGCUGGAAACGUCUUCUCGGGUGUCGGCGCCGGGUUGAAUGAAUUGAUCGCACUCGCCGGCACUGGCGAGGUUGUGGCCGUCAAGGACCGUGGCAGAUACGUCGGCCUAGUAGUGAUCACCAUUCUUCCAUUCUGCCCAUCGGUACUGUAUUCACAGCUCAUUGCAGUGCACAGCUGGCGCUGGAAUGGGCUCUUUGUUAGUCUGUGGAACCUCAUCGGUUUAGUGCUCGUCGUCUUCUGUUAUCACGAUCCUUCCCGCCUAAACGAUGAGUACACCGCUCGUUACGUUCUCAGCCAGCUUGACUACAUUGGCGGUUUCCUUAGCAUAGGUGGAGUUACUUGUUUCAUGAUGGGAUUGCAGUGGGGUGCAACACAGUAUCCUUGGGGAAGCGCACACAAUCUUGCACCAUUGAUAAUCGGUCUCGUGAUGCUGAUUGCUUUCUUUAUUUGGGAAUUCUUCGCUCCUCAUCCCAUGGUACCCCGAGCCAUAUUUCACAAAGCUAAGAAAACUAUGAUUGUGAUCCUUCUCAUCACAUUUCUCAGUGGCGGCAACUUCUUUGUUGUCCUUCUCCUCUGGCCAACACAGGUAUACAACGUUUAUGGCGAUGAUCCUGUUGGCGUCGGUGUUCGUGGUCUUCCCGUUGGGUUUGGGAUCAUUCUCGGCGCGGUGAUCUGUCUUGUUCUCAUACCCGCCACCAAGGGCCGAAUUCGGUUACUCAUGAUCUUCUUCACAGGCAUGAUGACGGCCUUCACAGGAGCAAUGGCCAUCGGAACGCCUCAUAAUCUCGGCACCAUGUACGCCAUUGUGACCUUUGCUUCCCUUGGUGUCGGCGGUGUCAUCAUCCCUUGCUCAAUCAUUGCUCAAAUCGCGUGCCCGGACGAGCUCAUCGCCACUGUUACCGCCAUUACGCUCAGUCUCCGCUACCUUGGCGGUGCUAUCGGUUUCGCCGUAUACUUGAAUUUGUUCGAACAUAAGGUUGUCGUGUCCUUGACCGACAUCGUGGCAACGAAAACACUUGCCUUGGGACUUGUUGUCAACCCCUUCCGGCCCGAGGGUCUUGCACUCAUCCAGGAGCUUACAGAACUUGUUGGCAACGCGCGGUUCAGUGAAGUCAAGGAGAUUCUCGCCAACAACCCACUGGUACUUAAAAGAGACUCGUAUGGCACCAUCAUCGCUGCCGCACAAGAAGCCUUCGCAUUGGCCUAUCGUUGGCCGUACUACUGUUCCAUCGCGUUUGGUGGUUCAUGCUUCAUCUUGAGCCUUUUCGUAGGAGACAUUGGGAGCUUGUUGGAUGCACACAUCGCUCACCCGCCAGUUUGA